CUGCUGGCAAGGAGGUGCAUCACUGAUGUUUGAUCUGUGGAGACCCGCAGCUGUUGUUAAAGCCCUGCUGCUAGUGGGACCACUGGAAAUACAGGUUUGUCAACGAACCCUUUUUGCUGAAUGCUGCAGCUCACAGGAUGGACUCCAGUGGGAAACCCUCAACGGCACAGAUGGUGGUUUUAGCCACCAGCUCAGCCCUGACUGCUCUCUUCUACUCAAUUUACAGGAGCAGAGCUACAACAGUUGCCAGAUUAAAGGAAGCCAAGAAAGUCUCCAUUGACCUGGAUUUGAAGAACAUGCUCUCUGAAACUCCUGGAAGAUGCGUCCCAUAUGCUGUCAUAGAAGGUGUAGUGAGAUCUGUGAAGGAAACUCUGAACAGCCAGUUUGUUGAUAACUGCAAAGGCGUGAUUGAAAGGCUGACCCUGAAGGAGGAAAAGAUGGUGUGGAAUCGCACCACUCAUCUCUGGAACAACACAGAGAAAGUCAUCCACCAGCGCACCAACACAGUUCCAUUUGCCCUCGGGUCUCUUGAUGAUGAUAUCGCUGCCACAGUACGGGUCAUACGUCCGCUAGACGCUGCAGAGUUGGACCUGGAGACCACGUAUGAGAACUUCCACCCCACAGUCCAGUCCUUGUCCAACGUUAUUGGCCACUUCAUCAGCGGGGAACGACCCAAGGGCAUCCACGAAACUGAGGAGAUGCUGCGGCUGGGAGACAGCGUCACAGGUGUAGGAGAGCUGGUCCUGGAUAACAACCUGAUCAAGCUCCAACCUCCCAAACAGGGCUUCCGUUACUUUCUCACUCGGCUGGACUACGAGUCUCUUCUCAAGAAGCAGCGGAACAGCGUCAGGCUGUGGCGGAUCCUGACGGUGGUCUUCGGUGUCGCCGCUUGUUCCGCGCUCCUCUUCAUCCUGUGGAAGCAGUACGUGCAGCGCCGACAGAGCCAGAAGGACAGGAGCAUGCUGGAGGAGUUCAAGGAGCACCAGAAGAAACGCAUGCGUGAACUCAACCUGGAGGAAGGCAGCGUGUCGCCCACCAGCUGUACCGUCUGCCUGAGCCGGGAGCGGUCCUGUGUGUUUCUAGAGUGUGGUCACGUGUGUGCCUGUGCCCAGUGCUACGACGCCCUGCCAGGGCCAAAGAAAUGCCCCAUCUGCAGGGCGACCAUAGACAGGGUGGUGCCUCUUUACAACAGCUAAUGUGGAAAUGCAGAACUGUGGAUUACAUCACGCAGGACGUCUACAGAACAUUUCACUGCCAUGGUCAGACUGGAAAUAUGUCAAACAGCUGCCUGAAAAUAGUCAUAUCUGUACUUUUUGUUGCACUUUUUUCUUUCACUCACUCUUACAGAUAAAAAGUAGGUUUCUGUGCUCAGUCAUGAUGCAGUCAUGUUUCCCAUCAAAUGUUCGAAUCAAAUUAGGAACUUGUAAAAACAGAGAAAAUGAAAUCUUUCUUCAAUUCAGUACAAAGUACAGUUCAAUUUUGCUGAUGCUUCAAUUCGUUCCUCUGAGGUAUAAAUUAAACCUGAAAUCACUUAGUGACAGUUGAGUUUGCCCGUCAUUUGAUAGGUCAUAAUUCCUAUAUAUUUAAGCUGGUGGCAAACUACAUUUGCAACAUGAUUCUAAAGAAAACAGAUGAAAUCAUAAGAUUUCAGCUAGAGUAGAUCUGUUGAGGACAAUGAAGACAGAAACUGUCAAAUGACAGAAUCAGAUGUUGAAUACAUUGUUUCUUCAGCGCUCUUUGUGCAUCAAAUGUCACUGCAAAAAGAAUCAGAGGCCAUGGUUCAGCUUAUUACAUUUAUUUGUCAGGGACCACGUAUGAAAACCAUUAAUCUCGUGCAGAGAGAACACAAGCAUUGCACCUGACUUAUCUACUACAGUAGCUAUUUUCCACCUGCAGUCCCUGAGCAGGUAGAUACAGGAUAGAAAUAUAGACGUGAAGAUUAUUAAAAAUGAAUGAAACAUGUCCUUCCUGCAACUUGUAGAGCCUCUUACAAUAAGACGCUCUGAGCCUUCACUCCUGAACGUCCUAUCACGUUUCAGAAUGUUUUCAGGAACAAGGCUUUUGGGAAAUAAGCUCAAACUUUACCUAAGAUGCUUUUGGGAAAUGGGGCCCAUCUUGUUCUUGGUCUUUACGUUUGAUUUGGACUGUUCAGUCUUCCUGAUCGUUCUGUUAAUGUCUUAAAUUGGGUUUAGCUUUGGUGGUUCAGAGCAGAUGAGGCAGAGUCCUUGCAAGAGUCUGCCGAGUGAGGUGGGAUGCUGGAGGGGAUGAUUAUACAAGCUUCUGCCAGGUUGUUCUGGAGAAAGGGAGCAGGCUGACCCUGUCCUGUUCUGUUCUUUUUUUAAAAAAAAAUUUCCUCUGAGUGCCCACUAAUAAAGAAGCAAGUGCUCAGGCUCUGCAGACUUUCAGCUGGAGGGCACACAGCAAGAGGCAACACAUGUAAAACCUGUGAAAGAGUGCAGUACAGUGGCCAGAAAUAUCAACCAACUGUCUGUUUGCAACUGAAACCUCAUUAAAGACAAAUGCAAUGU